AUGAGCCUAAUUCGUCCAAAAUUAUUCGAUAAGAAGUAUAAAAUAGCUGAGCAAAAAGUAUUCAAAAUUAUCAGUAAAAUCGAAAGUUUUAAUUUAAAUAAUGCCUUUAUAUCCCAAUUAGAAUGUCCCGGGAAAAAUAAAAAAUACAAUAUUAAUUUUAAAUUGAAUUCAAAAUAUUUGUCGGUGAUAUGUUUUUGUGUUAUUUUGUUUAUAAUGGUGGGUGCCUGGUACAUCUAUACUGAUUUGUCGACUAAGAACUGCGUCCUGGACCUCCCUUCAUCGUCAAAGUCCCUCUUUCGCCCGCCUGAAGACUGCAGCAUGUGCGUAGGAGUGGACGAGGUGGUGCGACUCUCCAACAUAACGGCGAAAGAGUUUGAGGAGAAUUACGCCUAUAAAUCAGUACCGGUUAUCGUCACUGACGCUACUGUUGGCUGGAAAGCUAUCGAAGAAUUCAAUUUCAAAUUCUUCGCGGAUUUCUACAACGGCGGCAAAAUGGGACAGCAGACUAACGACUGUUUCUACUUCGCGUACAAAUCCGGCCUCAACUCGUUGAGCGAAGUAUUUUCCAUGGACGAGAAGAGAGCCAACCUUACUGGAGAUCCAUGGUACGUCGGCUGGAGCACGUGCUAUGACGAGGAGACCCGCCGGCUGCGGUCCUACUACUCCCGGCCGUACUUCCUGCCCCGGACAGCUGAGAGCGACAUGGUGGACUGGGUGUUCAUGGGCGGCCCGGGACAGGGCGCUCAUAUGCACGUGGAUUCCGUCCGUCACGUGUCGUGGCAGGCGCAGAUCCGCGGCCGCAAGCAGUGGCAGCUGGCGCCGCCGCCAGAGUGUUUCUACCACUGCCGCUGGAUCACUUUCACCGUGGGCCCAGGGGAGAUAUUGGUGGUAGACACGAACCGCUGGUACCACAAAACCAACGUGUUGCCUGGAGACAUCAGCAUCACCAUUGGAGCAGAAUACGACUGA